CUCUCUCCUCCCUCUGUUUAUAAUUUGCUUUCUCAAAACCAACCCCAAUGGAGUCCAAACCACAAUAUUAAUAACUCCACCAAACAAACAAAUCACCUCUUCCUUCAGAAAAAUUCUCACAGCUAUCUGUACACCAACAAACAAGAACACAAGCAUAACACAAGGCAGACUCUUGCACUACAACAUCAGAGGUAAUCGAAAAUGUCGUGGCAGACCUACGUGGACGACCACUUGAUGUGCGAUAUUGACGGCCAGGGACAGCAUCUCACUGCCGCUGCCAUCAUCGGUCUUGAUGGCAGUGUCUGGGCCAAGAGCUCUUCCUUCCCCCAGUUUAAGCCAGAGGAGAUGACUGGUAUCAACAAGGAUUUUGAGGAACCGGGCCACCUUGCUCCAACUGGCUUGCACCUUGGAGGCACAAAGUACAUGGUAAUCCAGGGAGAGCCUGGCGCUGUCAUUCGUGGAAAGAAGGGCUCUGGAGGAAUCACCAUAAAGAAAACUGGGCAAGCUCUAGUAUUUGGAAUCUAUGAAGAACCAGUGACUCCAGGGCAGUGCAACAUGGUUGUUGAGAGGUUGGGCGAUUACCUUGUUGAUCAGGGCCUGUAGGCUAAAUAAUAUUCUACCAUGUUCAUGAUCUCCUAGCAUUCGAUUUUGGAUCUUAUUUUUCUUUUUGUUUUGGGGUUUUGGUUCCCAGUUUGCAUCUCCUUCAUCCAAAACCCUAAAAACUGGUGGUGAAGUUGUUGCAGACAAACCAUGUGACAAGGACUAAAAGCAGUUUGAUGUUUGAAAUUGUUUGAAUAUUGCAUAAACUCUAUAUUUUCAUGAUAUAUUUUUGUAUCCUUUUAUUC